AUGGGCAGCAUCGGUAAUGGAAACGGCAAUGGCAAUGGCAAUGCCGUACGGUUCAACGGACCCAUUCCAGCGGCGAGGAGGCUAAGGCAGAUGCUGUCUGAUCCUCGAAAAGCUGUAUUCGCUCCUGGAGUCUACGACGGUAUAUCCGCGAGAGUAGCACUCGCUCAAGGAUACGACUGCCUGUAUAUGACAGGAGCGGGCACUAGCAUGUCAUGCCUUGGAAUGCCCGAUCUUGGACUCGCCAACGGCACUGACAUGGUCCGCAAUGCCGGCAUCAUAGCCUCCUUGGACCCUUCGAUCCCAGUCAUCGCCGAUGCUGACAUGGGAUACGGCGGUACACUUAACGUUGCCAACACUGUACGACAAUACGCUCGAGCUGGCGUCGCCGGACUACACAUCGAGGACCAAGUCGUUGCCAAGCGUUGCGGUCAUCUUGCUGGAAAGACUCUCAUAUCACGGGAAGAGUACGCCAACCACAUACGAGCUGCUUGCAAGGCCCGAGAUGAGGGGACAGAUAUUGUGGUCAUUGCACGGAGUGAUGCUCGCAAUGCCGAAGGAGGUGGCUUCGAGGAGUCUGUGGCCAGGCUUCGACUUGCAGCAGAGAUCGGGGCGGAUGCUUUGUUCUUUGAGGCGUUGGCUGGUGUCGACGAGUGCAAGGAAGCUAUCAAGCUGCUUCCUCGCAAUAUCCCAGUGUUGAUCAAUAUCAUCGCUGGGGGCAAGACGCCCGUCAUCAGCUUCGAUGAGGCUCAGCAGAUUGGCUUCCGGAUUGUGAUUUGGCCCUUCGUGGGCUUGGAAGCAGCAGUGCCUGGAUUGGAGAAUGCCUACCGGAUAUUGAAGAAGACUGGAAAGCCACCAGCAGAGCCUACUCCUAUGGGACCAGCUGGACUUUUCGAUGUUUGCGGGCUGCAAGACUUAAUGGCUUUCGAUGCAGCAGUGGGAGGUUCUGCAUUCAGCAGUGGUGUCUGA